UAGCUGUAUGUUACUUUGUACCUUAAUAUACGAAAUGCUCCAGUAUUCCGUAGUGGGGUCGAAGCUUAUUAAGUUCUUGCUGUUAUCCUCGGCCAGCUUCGGCCUCAUGAGCUCAUAGGUUCAUAAGCCGAACGGAUGUCCAUUCAAUGUUAGAGCUUCAUUCAAAUACCACACAUUCAAGGUAGCAACGUCAAUUUACUUACUAUACCACACAUUAUACCUCUCAUAAAUGAAACAUUAACUCAUACCAUUCAAUUGAGUGUCUACCAUUUCUCAUCGUAGAGUGCUAUCUCAGCUUAUAAUAAUCACGAUUCAUUAACUCACCCAAAAUGAACACACUACGCAGUUUCAGGCCACUAGCUUCGCGCCUUCAACCAUCCACACUUCCUAGAACUGUCCGCCAAUUUUCUGCUACAACUACCAGAUCCUAUGAAUACUUACUACUAUCGGAGCCCAGGCCGGGUGUCGGGCAAGUAACCCUCAACCGCCCCAAAGUACUCAACGCCCUCUGCACGCCUCUCAUCAACGAACUCAACACAGCGCUAGACACCCUCAACAGCUCCCCAACCAUCGGCGCCAUCGUCCUAACCGGAUCCGAGAAAGCCUUCGCAGCCGGCGCCGACAUCAAAGAAAUGGCACCCCUCACAUUUUCCGAAGCUUACACGACCAGUUUCAUCGAAUCAUGGUCCCGUCUAACCACACAAAUCAAAAAGCCCAUCAUCGCCGCCGUAUCGGGACACGCGCUAGGCGGUGGUUGUGAGUUAGCUAUGAUGUGCGAUAUCCUAUACUGCACCGAGAGUGCCAAUUUCGGACAGCCGGAGAUUAAGCUUGGGACUAUUCCUGGGGCGGGUGGGAGCCAGAGAUUGACGAGAGCGUUGGGGAAGAGUAAGGCUAUGGAGCUUAUACUUACGGGCAAUUCGUUUUCUGGGGUGGAGGCUGAGAGGUGGGGGUUGGCGGCGAGGACGUUUCCUACGAGUGAGGCGUUGGUCGAGGGCGCGCUGGCGACGGCGGAGAGGGUUGCGGGAUAUUCGCGUGUCGCGGUGCAGGCGGCGAAGGAGGUGGUGAAUAAGAGUCAGGAUCUAUCGCUUAGAGAUGGGGUUGAGUAUGAGAGGAGGGUUUUCCAUGGUUUGUUCGGGAGUAAGGAUCAGAAGGUCGGGAUGAAGGCUUUUGCUGAGAAGAAGAAGCCUGAGUGGACGCAUGAGUAGAUGCGGUACAUGCAAAUAUGUACUGAGAGGUACCGCAUGGACUUUUGGACGCAACGACCGGGUAUUGGGAAACUUAUGAUGUGAUGAGUUGGAGCAAUCAUUUCUUGGGAUUCGAUGAAUAUAAAUUAGUUGGUGACGGUUACCUGGUUUGAAACUAUUUAAUGCGUUUUCAUUGCAUUUCGGAUUCUUGAUGAUUUGCUUCACUUAGAAUAUCACGUAAAGUACGUAGCUACUUAAUUCAAUUAUAUGUAACGGUGGGGACCGACUGACGGGUAUCGGAUAGGGCUGACCAGGGUCCAGAUUCUGACGUGGUGGGUUACACGGUCAGAUUUAUGCCGGGGGGUUGGGUUUUAUACAUUGGGCGACCGGGAAAAGUAUCAUGAAACGGACCAAGUUAUGAUGUUAUAUGGAUGGCGUCUAAUUCUUAAGAAUCAAGCCAAUGUACAUUGAAAUUUGACUCUAUAAUACGAGUAUAUGUUCGCUGGUUGAUGUUGGAACUCCUAUAGACUCAUGUCAUGUG